AUGUCAUCUCUCAGUUUUGUUACAUAUGAUGAACUUAUAGGAAUUUUUUAAUUAGAUAACUAUCAAUAAAAGUUUUAGAAAGAUUAUGCUAAAGAGUGGCAAGAAUAAGAAAUAGUAAAAUUUAAAAGAUUCAUGAGAAGAAAUAAGAAAAUUAAAAAAGACAAAAUAUUCUUUCAAUAUCAAUCUCAAUUCAUUCAAACAAAAAGUUAUAUACAGUGUCGAAAAUUUUUGAGAGAUUAUAUCAGAAAAGUGCUUGACAAACAUAGAUAUGAAGUACUCAAAAAUCAUGAAAUUUUAUACUGUUUUGGACCCUUACAUCCUAAUUUUGAGUUAGUAGAGUUUCAAAAUAAUAUCAAAAUGAGGAGAAUUAAAACUAAACUUAUUGAAUAGAAUGAUAAAGAUGAAGAUAAGGCAUCAAUAGCAACUUAAUAAUGACUUUAAAUAUUUUAUUAGUUGAUAAUAUAUAUCCC